AUGCUAGCAAUAACGCAUUUGCAAAAAAGAGUUAAGUAUUUUGAAAAAUUAUUAAAAUAUGAAAUCGGACCUCUGUGCUCACCAUUUUUGAACGUUGACUCCAUCAACUCUCUUCAUAGCUUGAACAUGCUCAGUCAACUUAUUGAAGAAGUUGGAAUCACCUUGGAUGCUUACGGCCAUCAUAGAAAGGAUCAAGAGAACAAGGAGUGA